AUAAAAUUUCGCUCUUGCCUUGAAAUGCAGUUUUGGCUGCGUUCUCACGCUGCACUCGCUCUCGCGCACUGAGAAGACAAGCAGAUAUAUAACAGCAUGCGCCAGGUCGCAUAACCAAAGUCGCAGCGCAGGGUAGACACACAGAAUUGCGCCACACUUUUUAGGCCAUCCGCAGAUAACUGGGCUAAAGCACUCAAGCGGUGUUAUGAGAACGAGGAGACUACCAACGCAAAUUGCGCCCUGCGAAGUUGUGACUUGCCGACUUGUCCGCCGGGCAUGACCCUACGACGAUACAAUUUACUUUUACGUUUGAAUCGAUGUAUUGUAAUGCACAGGGAAGCAAAGUGAUACACACAGUUAGCGUGCUCUUACGCGGGAUCAGCCCAGCGGGCCCAAUCCGUAUGAUUCCCACUCUCAACUGCACUGCCUUCAUAUUCUCUCACACCAAACGUACGAAACUAUCAAUUCAAUUGAUUAUUUGGCACUGACUUUGACUUGGAGGUCGACUCUCACUGCGCUUGACGGUCAAACCUCGCUUCAUACUUGCCGUCGACUUUGGAAUAUGUGUAUUUCUUUAAGCAUGCAUACUGUAGCUCGGACUAGACCCCUGCACAGCCGUGGAGUAACGCGGCCGUGCUCUCGGCGGUAUGCGCUGUAUUGACAGUAGAGUGCAUACAUAAGAUAAUGUAUGCUGGAAAUCUGAAGCGGAGCAUAGCUUGUAUGCUGCUGCUCGCGUUUCUAAUUGGAGCUCAGGCUAUUGCAGCUCCACCGCCGGGCGUGCCCGCACCUCCAGACGCAGCGGAUUGCAGUAGCUGUGGGGCGACGCUUAGCCCUGUCUGCACGUCUGGCGGGCUAACCAUAGCGAAUGCCUGCCUCGCAAAGUGCCAGGGCUUGCUGGACUUCAUUGACGGGGCGUGUAACGCGGACCCGUUGUUCCAGUCGCUCGCGGCGCCUCCUCCUCCAGCAGCUCCCGUGCCGCCAGAGCCCGCGGCCCAGGCAGCAGACGCGGUUGUUGAGCAGGGCAGCAUUGUCGACACGGAGGCGGUCACGCGGUACUGGACAGAGGGUUUCGUCUACCUGGGCCUAGCCGCGGACCUGGGUGUGGCGGGGGUGCCAGAGACCACGGACCCAGCAGCCGAGAGGCGCCGCAGGGCCAUGCAGGAGCUUGGUAGUUCGGAGCUCUUGUUUCGCUCAUUCCGGCUACAUGCAGAUGGAUCCCUGUAUGCGGAGGCUCGGCCGUGGGCGUUAGACGUCAGCUCUCUGGGCAGCGAGCGGCAGGGCUCCGUCACGGAUGCGGAGUUACUGCGUAGGAGGGAGCGGCACCGCUUGUUGCGUCAGCAACAGGCGCAGCAGCCGGAGCGGUCGAGAGGGAACGGACACGAGGGCGAGAACCUAGAGCAGCAGCAGUGGGAAUCGGCUUCAGACGAGGGGGAUGACGGCCAGGCGGAGGAGCGGCAGCAGGCACCACCCGCAUCGCUUCAUCGAGCGGUGGCGGGACAGGGAGUGCGCCGUCGCAGGCGCGGCCUGCUGCAGAAGGAGGACGCACGCUACCCAGUCAGGGACACGGGAUACUGGCCAAACAACGCCGUUGUGCAGAUGUACUUCGUGACCACCGGGACCAACACAGCGACGUCCUGCUCGGGCACGUGGGUGUCUGGAUACGAUGUUUUGACCGCCACGCAUUGCGUGUACAAUUGGGCCGCCGGCGCGACUUACACAAACUUUGUGAUCCGUCCGGCCAUGUCGGGCGAUGUUUGGAACGGCACCUACAAGGCCGUGUUCACGACGUGGUACCGUUCGGAAUGGAACCGCACCAACUACCUUAACGAAGUCAACUACUACGACAUCGCAAUGAUCCGAGCGGAGGCCAGCGACACCGCGACCAUCAUGCCAUAUCCCACGUACCUCGGGUACAAGUACGACUGUGCAAAGCAGCAUUCGCAACUGCGCGCGCAGAGCCUCUACUCGGCAUCCACGUGCGGCUACCCGAACGACCGGCGCUUGGGGGACUUCGCGGCGUCAGCUUCUUACACCCAGAUGUGCUGUGACUUCAGCUUCCCGGGCACCACCUGCCAGGCUGACUUUCAGCCGCUGACCUCAUGCUACACCUACCCUGGAGCCUCCGGGAGCUCUGUGUUCGAUCUUGGGGACUACAAGGCGAUAGGCGUGGUGAGCGGCAGGCCCUCAGACAAUACGUCCUACUCCAGGUGGACGCCGCUCACGGCGCAGCACUUCGGUGCGCUUGAGCGAUGGCGCUACCAAGGCGGCGUGGUGGCCCCGCUUCCACCGGCGCCGCCCAGCCCACCUCCGCCACCGCCUCUGAACUACACACGCUAUGCAUGCGCUAGCAACGGCACCGUGCGCCUCGUCAGCUCCAGUGUUGAUGGCAGGGGUCGCGUGGAGAUCUGUGCACCUGACAUCGGCGGCAAGUUGUGGUGGAGCAGCGUGUGCUCGCGCGGGUGGGGCUACCCGGAGGCGCAGGUGGUCUGCCGCCAGCUAGGGUACACGACCACCACCGCCCAGCCCACACAGAAGGGCUACUUCGGCGCAGCGUCAUCGGAUCAGUAUUUCUUCUUCAUCUCCAAUGUUACAUGCGUGGGCACGGAGGCCUCGCUCUCGGAUUGCAGGCAGACGGCCUGGGGCAACCUCGACUCCUGCUCAAGCCUGGAUGUGGCGGGCGUGGUGUGUGAUGGCUCAACGGGGUCUGGGAGUACCCAGGACAGCGUGACCUCCACCCCCUACACAAACGAUACAUGCACGCAAUGGGUGACACGUGUCAACAAUGCCACCACCUAUGCGAACGGCACGGUUGUGGGCCGCAUUGAGGUCUGCAUCAACGGCGUCUGGGGCACUGUGUGUCGCCGGCUAUGGGAUGAUGUGGACGCGACGGUGGCGUGCAAGGGUCUCAGCUACACGUAUGGCGUGGCGAAACGACUGAACGAGUCGUGGAGCUCCACGGAGCCGUGGCAGGUUGCUCAGCCCAGUGUGCCCAUCUGGCUCGCGGACCUCAACUGCACGGGUGCUGAGGUGGAUUUGUCGGCCUGCAACCAGCUGCUUGCCUACGGGAGCACCCAGUGCACUCACGGAAUGGAUGCCGGCAUUGUGUGCUCCAACACGACCCUUGGGCCGCAGUACAGCGACACAGCCCAAUGCUCAACUCUGGGCGACAUCCGCUUGGUUCCAACGGAUGACGCGUCAGUAGGUGGCGCCGAGGUGGCAGGUCGUGUGGAGGUAUGCUACAAUCGGCGGUGGGGCACCAUCUGCGCGGACAGCUACUGGGGUGUCGAAGAAGCCGAGGUGCUGUGCAGGCACCUCGGCUACAGCUACUUCUUCGUGAACAUGACGGCUAGCAUGGGCUCGCUGCCGGUGUGGGCCUCGUACACGCAAUGCACCGGCAACGAGGACAGGUUCUUCAAGUGCCAGAUGUGGGGCCUGCGCGAGGUGACCGACUGCACCAGUGGUACACGCGCCGUGGUGGCGUGCUCCAACUCGCCGACCAUUGCUGCGCCGCCGCCGCCUGCGAGCCCGUACGCAUGCACCACACCCGGCGCUCUCCGCUUGGCGCCCAACGACACCUCGACCAAGACCUACAUGUACAGUGACACCACGGCCGGUACCGCGGGGGGACGCCUGGAGUUCUGCUACAAUGGACAGUGGGGCACCUUGUGCGCGGAGUACUGGUCGACGCCUGAGGCGCGCGUGGCGUGUCGGCAGCUGGGGGGAGGGCUCGAGUACGGCGGCGUGGUAGCCAACGGCACGUACGGCUUCGCGCCAUCCGGCCAGCCUGUAUGGCUGUCCAUUGCCAACUGCACAGGCGCUGAGACCUCAUUCGCCGAGUGUGCGCGCUACUCCAAUUACAACUACACCAUCACCAACACCACAUUCUACCCCGGCCAACUUGGUGUCUUGUCACUUGAGUCUACGCUGUACGGCGGCAAGACCGUGUGUCAGUCACACCUCGCUGACCUCAACAUCUGGUGCUCGAAGACCUGGCUCUCCCCGCCGCCGCCACCAUCGCCGCCACCGCCAGCGCCACCGCCAGUUGGAGAUACCUGCUCUGCGGGCGAAGACGGCAAGCUGCGGCUUGUUACCGGUAACGGCACGAGCUACGUGUACGAUGGCACGAGCGGGCAGACCCAGACCGGUUUCCUGCAGGUCUGCUACAGCGGCACCUGGGGCCGUGUCUGCGCGGCACGCUUUGGUACCCCGGAGGCGCAUGUCGCGUGCUGGCAGCUGGGCUUUGCCGGUGGCAGCAAGAUGACUUACAGCGGCCUGCUCCCGUUGUACGUGUGGGGCCCGGCCAAGCUGGGCCCCGCCUGGAUUGAUGGCCUCAUCUGCAACGGCACCGAGGCGAUGCUGACCUACUGCUACUUCAAGGGCUGGGGUAGCCUGGUGGACUCGUGCCCGCCGGUCCAGGGUGUAGAUGCGGGUGCGGACCUGGUCGUGCAGUGCCUGACGUCCGUCAACAGCCCGCCGCCCCCGUCGCCGCCGGUCCCGCCGGUUGCAAACUACGGCUGCGACACGCAAGGGGCACUGCGCCUGGUGGACAAGAGUGGAGCCGUGGUGGACACGUCGUCAGCGGCCACGGUGGAGGGCGCGGUACACGUGUGCAUGAACAGCUCAUGGAGUUAUGUCUGCGACUAUCUGUUCAGCUCCAACUUCGCGGCCACGGUGGUGUGCAAGCAGCUGGGCUUUGGCGGUGGCACGCCGUACAGCUGGACGCAGCUGGCGGCGCGGGGCUACAACAACUCCCUGGUGCAGCCGGCCGGCAUGCCGCGCGGCCCCAGCCAGCUGCAGGUGUGCUACGGAGACGAGCCCACGCUCCUGGACUGCGAGUGGACGGCCAACGACGUCUUCAACUGCCCCACGUCCAACAGCGUCGCGGGCGUGUUCUGCACCCGCCAGGCCCCGCCGCCCUCGCCGCCAGCCCCGCCCCCGUCGCCGCCACCCUAUUGGAGCCAGACGUCCUGCUCUCGGAACUAUGACAUCCGCUUUGUGGACGGCCCCAAUCCCACAGCCGGCCGCGUGGAGGUCUGCUACAACGGCACCUGGGGUCUCAUCUGCGCCCGUUACUGGGACGACGCUCUCUCCAAUAUCGUUUGCCGCCAGGCUAUGGGCUCUAGCUCAGCCAUCGGUGAGGCCAUGAUCGACUGGGACGGCGUAGCUACUGCGGCGGCCAACGGCACCUACCCGCGCUUCGCGUACCUGCUGGCGAGCGUGACCGUCACAUACCAUCUGGACGGCGGUUUCAUCAAGCCCUUCUGCACCGGCAACGAGAACAAGCUUUCGGAGUGCGUGCCCCUGGAGGCGUUCGGCAAGGCGGCCAGCACCUGCAGCCGGUUUUCAGAGGUUGGCAUCAAUUGCUGGGCCUCGCCGAGCGCCAAGGUCAGCGUGCCGGCGACCACUGCGCCCUACAGCUGCGCAGGCUUCCAGAACGGCACCGUCCGACUGGUCAACGGCGCCACGCCCGCCAUGGGCCGUGUGGAGGUGUGUUGGAAUGGGAACUGGAGCGUCGUAUGUGGGAGCGGCUGGGCCAACGCCGCUGCAGCUACAGUGUGCCGCCAGAUGGGCUAUACGUCAGGCUACGUCAACAACCUGGGCGGAAUAUCUUUAACCUCUCUAGCGCCCAACUCGCGCUAUGCGAUCUGGGGGACUCCGGCCAGCGACCAGCCCGUUGCAUUGCACCGGGUGACUUGCACCAGUACGGCGACCCACAUCCUCAAUUGCACCCUAAAUUCCGGAGCAGCUUCUAAUCAGUUUUAUUCCUCAGGCGUGGCUCCCAUCGGCUCCUGCAUCGCGCCCGCACGCGUGGUCUGUACCGGCCUCGGGUUCUACAUGCCUCCACCCAGUCCUCCUAGCCCGCCGUCGCCUCCACCAGUCCCAGCACCUCCGUCGCCACAGCCCCCAAGCCCCGCACCGCUGCCUCCAAGCCCAAGGCCACCCAGCCCAGCUCCACCCUCACCACCGCCAAAGCCGCCUAGCCCGGAGCCUCCGUCGCCUGCGCCAUCGCCGGUGCCUCCCAGCCCGGCGCCUCCGUCGCCGGAGCCUCCGUCGCCUGUUCCUCCCAGCCCGGAGCCCGCUUCCGCGCCGCCCAGUCCCUCUCCUCCCAGCCCGGUGCCGCCUAGCCCGGAGCCUCCGUCGCCUGCGCCAUCGCCGGUGCCUCCCAGCCCGGCGCCUCCGUCGCCGGAGCCUCCGUCGCCUGUUCCUCCCAGCCCGGAGCCCGCUUCCGCGCCGCCCAGCCCCUCUCCUCCCAGCCCGGCGCCGCCUAGCCCGGAGCCUCCGUCGCCUGCGCCAUCGCCGGUGCCUCCCAGCCCGGCGCCUCCGUCGCCGGAGCCUCCGUCGCCUGUUCCUCCCAGCCCGGAGCCCGCUUCCGCGCCGCCCAGCCCCUCUCCUCCCAGCCCGGCGCCGCCUAGCCCGGAGCCUCCGUCGCCUGCGCCAUCGCCGGUGCCUCCCAGCCCGGCGCCUCCGUGGCCGGAGCCUCCGUCGCCUGUUCCUCCCAGCCCGGAGCCCGCUUCCGCGCCGCCCAGCCCCUCUCCUCCCAGCCCGGCGCCGCCUAGCCCGGAGCCACCCCCGGAGCCCGCUUUCGCGCCGCCCAGUCCCUCUCCUCCCAGCCCGGCGCCGCCUAGCCCGGAGCCUCCGUCGCCUGCGCCAUCGCCGGUGCCUCCCAGCCCGGCGCCUCCGUCGCCGGAGCCUCCGUCGCCUGUUCCUCCCAGCCCGGAGCCCGCUUCCGCGCCGCCCAGCCCCUCUCCUCCCAGCCCGGCGCCGCCUAGCCCGGAGCCUCCGUCGCCUGCGCCAUCGCCGGUGCCUCCCAGCCCGGCGCCUCCGUCGCCGGAGCCUCCGUCGCCUGUUCCUCCCAGCCCGGAGCCCGCUUCCGCGCCGCCCAGCCCCUCUCCUCCCAGCCCGGCGCCGCCUAGCCCGGAGCCUCCGUCGCCUGCGCCAUCGCCGGUGCCUCCCAGCCCGGCGCCUCCGUCGCCGGAGCCUCCGUCGCCUGUUCCUCCCAGCCCGGAGCCCGCUUCCGCGCCGCCCAGCCCCUCUCCUCCCAGCCCGGCGCCGCCUAGCCCGGAGCCUCCGUCGCCUGCGCCAUCGCCGGUGCCUCCCAGCCCGGCGCUUCCGUCGCCGGAGCCUCCGUCGCCUGUUCCUCCCAGCCCGGAGCCCGCUUCCGCGCCGCCCAGCCCCUCUCCUCCCAGCCCGGCGCCGCCUAGCCCGGAGCCUCCGUCGCCUGCGCCAUCGCCGGUGCCUCCCAGCCCGGCGCCUCCGUGGCCGGAGCCUCCGUCGCCUGUUCCUCCCAGCCCGGAGCCCGCUUCCGCGCCGCCCAGCCCCUCUCCUCCCAGCCCGGCGCCGCCUAGCCCGGAGCCUCCGUCGCCUGCGCCAUCGCCGGUGCCUCCCAGCCCGGCGCCUCCGUCGCCGGAGCCUCCGUCGCCUGUUCCUCCCAGCCCGGAGCCCGCUUCCGCGCCGCCCAGCCCCUCUCCUCCCAGCCCGGCGCCGCCUAGCCCGGAGCCACCGUCGCCUGCACCAUCGCCGGUGCCUCCCAGCCCAGCGCCUCCGUCGCCGGAGCCUCCGUCGCCUGUUCCUCCCAGCCCGGAGCCCGCUUCCGCGCCGCCCAGUCCCUCUCCUCCCAGCCCGGUGCCGCCUAGCCCGGAGCCUCCGUCGCCUGCGCCAUCGCCGGUGCCUCCCAGCCCGGCGCCUCCGUCGCCGGAGCCUCCGUCGCCUGUUCCUCCCAGCCCGGAGCCCGCUUUCGCGCCGCCCAGUCCCUCUCCUCCCAGCCCGGCGCCGCCUAGCCCGGAGCCUCCGUCGCCUGCGCCAUCGCCGGUGCCUCCCAGCCCGGCGCCUCCGGCGCCGGAGCCUCCGUCGCCUGUUCCUCCCAGCCCGGAGCCCGCUUCCGCGCCGCCCAGCCCCUCUCCUCCCAGCCCGGCGCCGCCUAGCCCGGAGCCUCCGUCGCCUGCGCCAUCGCCGGUGCCUCCCAGCCCGGCGCCUCCGUCGCCGGAGCCUCCGUCGCCUGUUCCUCCCAGCCCGGAGCCCGCUUCCGCGCCGCCCAGCCCCUCUCCUCCCAGCCCGGCGCCGCCUAGCCCGGAGCCUCCGUCGCCUGCGCCAUCGCCGGUGCCUCCCAGCCCGGCGCCUCCGUCGCCGGAGCCUCCGUCGCCUGUUCCUCCCAGCCCGGAGCCCGCUUCCGCGCCGCCCAGUCCCUCUCCUCCCAGCCCGGCGCCGCCUAGCCCGGAGCCUCCGUCGCCUGCGCCAUCGCCGGUGCCUCCCAGCCCGGCGCCUCCGUCGCCGGAGCCUCCGUCGCCUGUUCCUCCCAGCCCGGAGCCCGCUUCCGCGCCGCCCAGCCCCUCUCCUCCCAGCCCGGCGCCGCCUAGCCCGGAGCCUCCGUCGCCUGCGCCAUCGCCGGUGCCUCCCAGCCCGGCGCCUCCGUCGCCGGAGCCUCCGUCGCCUGUUCCUCCCAGCCCGGAGCCCGCUUCCGCGCCGCCCAGCCCCUCUCCUCCCAGCCCGGCGCCGCCUAGCCCGGAGCCUCCGUCGCCUGCGCCAUCGCCGGUGCCUCCCAGCCCGGCGCCUCCGUCGCCGGAGCCUCCGUCGCCUGUUCCUCCCAGCCCGGAGCCCGCUUCCGCGCCGCCCAGCCCCUCUCCUCCCAGCCCGGCGCCGCCUAGCCCGGAGCCUCCGUCGCCUGCGCCAUCGCCGGUGCCUCCCAGCCCGGCGCCUCCGUCGCCGGAGCCUCCGUCGCCUGUUCCUCCCAGCCCGGAGCCCGCUUCCGCACCGCCCAGCCCCUCUCCUCCCAGCCCGGCGCCGCCUAGCCCGGAGCCUCCGUCGCCUGCGCCAUCGCCGGUGCCUCCCAGCCCGGCGCCUCCGUCGCCGGAGCCUCCGUCGCCUGUUCCUCCCAGCCCGGAGCCCGCUUCCGCGCCGCCCAGCCCCUCUCCUCCCAGCCCGGCGCCGCCUAGCCCGGAGCCUCCGUCGCCUGCGCCAUCGCCGGUGCCUCCCAGCCCGGCGCCUCCGUGGCCGGAGCCUCCGUCGCCUGUUCCUCCCAGCCCGGAGCCCGCUUCCGCGCCGCCCAGUCCCUCUCCUCCCAGCCCGGCGCCGCCUAGCCCGGAGCCUCCGUCGCCUGCGCCAUCGCCGGUGCCUCCCAGCCCGUCGCCUCCGUCGCCGGAGCCUCCGUCGCCUGUUCCUCCCAGCCCGGAGCCCGCUUCCGCGCCGCCCAGCCCCUCUCCUCCCAGCCCGGCGCCGCCUAGCCCGGAGCCUCCGUCGCCUGCGCCAUCGCCGGUGCCUCCCAGCCCGGCGCCUCCGUCGCCGGAGCCUCCGUCGCCUGUUCCUCCCAGCCCGGAGCCCGCUUCCGCGCCGCCCAGCCCCUCUCCUCCCAGCCCGGCGCCGCCUAGCCCGGAGCCUCCGUCGCCUGCGCCAUCGCCGGUGCCUCCCAGCCCGGCGCCUCCGUGGCCGGAGCCUCCGUCGCCUGUUCCUCCCAGCCCGGAGCCCGCUUCCGCGCCGCCCAGCCCCUCUCCUCCCAGCCCGGCGCCGCCUAGCCCGGAGCCUCCGUCGCCUGCGCCAUCGCCGGUGCCUCCCAGCCCGGCGCCUCCGGCGCCGGAGCCUCCGUCGCCUGUUCCUCCCAGCCCGGAGCCCGCUUCCGCGCCGCCCAGCCCCUCUCCUCCCAGCCCGGCGCCGCCUAGCCCGGAGCCUCCGUCGCCUGCGCCAUCGCCGGUGCCUCCCAGCCCGGCGCCUCCGUGGCCGGAGCCUCCGUCGCCUGUUCCUCCCAGCCCGGAGCCCGCUUCCGCGCCGCCCAGCCCCUCUCCUCCCAGCCCGGCGCCGCCUAGCCCGGAGCCUCCGUCGCCUGCGCCAUCGCCGGUGCCUCCCAGCCCGGCGCCUCCGGCGCCGGAGCCUCCGUCGCCUGUUCCUCCCAGCCCGGAGCCCGCUUCCGCACCGCCCAGCCCCUCUCCUCCCAGCCCGGCGCCGCCUAGCCCGGAGCCUCCGUCGCCUGCGCCAUCGCCGGUGCCUCCCAGCCCGGCGCCUCCGUGGCCGGAGCCUCCGUUGCCUGUUCCUCCCAGCCCGGAGCCCGCUUCCGCGCCGCCCAGCCCCUCUCCUCCCAGCCCGGCGCCGCCUAGCCCGGAGCCUCCGUCGCCUGCGCCAUCGCCGGUGCCUCCCAGCCCGGCGCCUCCGUCGCCGGAGCCUCCGUCGCCUGUUCCUCCCAGCCCGGAGCCCGCUUCCGCGCCGCCCAGCCCCUCUCCCAGCCCGGCGCCGCCUAGCCCGGAGCCUCCGUCGCCUGCGCCAUCGCCGGUGCCUCCCAGCCCGGCGCCUCCGGCGCCGGAGCCUCCGUCGCCUGUUCCUCCCAGCCCGGAGCCCGCUUCCGCGCCGCCCAGCCCCUCUCCUCCCAGCCCGGCGCCGCCUAGCCCGGAGCCUCCGUCGCCUGCGCCAUCGCCGGUGCCUCCCAGCCCGGCGCCUCCGUGGCCGGAGCCUCCGUCGCCUGUUCCUCCCAGCCCGGAGCCCGCUUCCGCGCCGCCCAGCCCCUCUCCUCCCAGCCCGGCGCCGCCUAGCCCGGAGCCUCCGUCGCCUGCGCCAUCGCCGGUGCCUCCCAGCCCGGCGCCUCCGUGGCCGGAGCCUCCGUCGCCUGUUCCUCCCAGCCCGGAGCCCGCUUCCGCGCCGCCCAGCCCCUCUCCUCCCAGCCCGGCGCCGCCUAGCCCGGAGCCUCCGUCGCCUGCGCCAUCGCCGGUGCCUCCCAGCCCGGCGCCUCCGUGGCCGGAGCCUCCGUCGCCUGUUCCUCCCAGCCCGGAGCCCGCUUCCGCGCCGCCCAGCCCCUCUCCUCCCAGCCCGGCGCCGCCUAGCCCGGAGCCUCCGUCGCCUGCGCCAUCGCCGGUGCCUCCCAGCCCGGCGCCUCCGGCGCCGGAGCCUCCGUCGCCUGUUCCUCCCAGCCCGGAGCCCGCUUCCGCGCCGCCCAGCCCCUCUCCUCCCAGCCCGGCGCCGCCUAGCCCGGAGCCUCCGUCGCCUGCGCCAUCGCCGGUGCCUCCCAGCCCGGCGCCUCCGUGGCCGGAGCCUCCGUCGCCUGUUCCUCCCAGCCCGGAGCCCGCUUCCGCGCCGCCCAGCCCCUCUCCUCCCAGCCCGGCGCCGCCUAGCCCGGAGCCUCCGUCGCCUGCGCCAUCGCCGGUGCCUCCCAGCCCGGCGCCUCCGUCGCCGGAGCCUCCGUCGCCUGUUCCUCCCAGCCCGGAGCCCGCUUCCGCGCCGCCCAGCCCCUCUCCUCCCAGCCCGGCGCCGCCUAGCCCGGAGCCUCCGUCGCCUGCGCCAUCGCCGGUGCCUCCCAGCCCGGCGCCUCCGUCGCCGGAGCCUCCGUCGCCUGUUCCUCCCAGCCCGGAGCCCGCUUCCGCGCCGCCCAGCCCCUCUCCUCCCAGCCCGGCGCCGCCUAGCCCGGAGCCUCCGUCGCCUGCGCCAUCGCCGGUGCCUCCCAGCCCGGCGCCUCCGGCGCCGGAGCCUCCGUCGCCUGUUCCUCCCAGCCCGGAGCCCGCUUCCGCGCCGCCCAGCCCCUCUCCUCCCAGCCCGGCGCCGCCUAGCCCGGAGCCUCCGUCGCCUGCGCCAUCGCCGGUGCCUCCCAGCCCGGCGCCUCCGGCGCCGGAGCCUCCGUCGCCUGUUCCUCCCAGCCCGGAGCCCGCUUCCGCGCCGCCCAGCCCCUCUCCUCCCAGCCCGGCGCCGCCUAGCCCGGAGCCUCCGUCGCCUGCGCCAUCGCCGGUGCCUCCCAGCCCGGCGCCUCCGUGGCCGGAGCCUCCGUUGCCUGUUCCUCCCAGCCCGGAGCCCGCUUCCGCGCCGCCCAGCCCCUCUCCUCCCAGCCCGGCGCCGCCUAGCCCGGAGCCUCCGUCGCCUGCGCCAUCGCCGGUGUCUCCCAGCCCGGCGCCUCCGUGGCCGGAGCCUCCGUCGCCUGUUCCUCCCAGCCCGGAGCCCGCUUCCGCGCCGCCCAGCCCCUCUCCUCCCAGCCCGGCGCCGCCUAGCCCGGAGCCUCCGUCGCCUGCGCCAUCGCCGGUGCCUCCCAGCCCGGCGCCUCCGUGGCCGGAGCCUCCGUCGCCUGUUCCUCCCAGCCCGGAGCCCGCUUCCGCGCCGCCCAGCCCCUCUCCUCCCAGCCCGGUGCCGCCUAGCCCGGAGCCUCCGUCGCCUGCGCCAUCGCCGGUGCCUCCCAGCCCGGCGCCUCCGUCGCCGGAGCCUCCGUUCCCGGCGCCUCCGUCGCCGGAGCCUCCGUCGCCUGUUCCUCCCAGCCCGGAGCCCGCUUCCGCGCCGCCCAGCCCCUCUCCUCCCAGCCCGGCGCCGCCUAGCCCGGAGCCUCCGUCGCCUGCGCCAUCGCCGGUGCCUCCCAGCCCGGCGCCUCCGGCGCCGGAGCCUCCGUCGCCUGUUCCUCCCAGCCCGGAGCCCGCUUCCGCGCCGCCCAGCCCCUCUCCUCCCAGCCCGGCGCCGCCUAGCCCGGAGCCUCCGUCGCCUGCGCCAUCGCCGGUGCCUCCCAGCCCGGCGCCUCCGUGGCCGGAGCCUCCGUCGCCUGUUCCUCCCAGCCCGGAGCCCGCUUCCGCGCCGCCCAGCCCCUCUCCUCCCAGCCCGGCGCCGCCUAGCCCGGAGCCUCCGUCGCCUGCGCCAUCGCCGGUGCCUCCCAGCCCGGCGCCUCCGGCGCCGGAGCCUCCGUCGCCUGUUCCUCCCAGCCCGGAGCCCGCUUCCGCGCCGCCCAGCCCCUCUCCUCCCAGCCCGGCGCCGCCUAGCCCGGAGCCUCCGUCGCCUGCGCCAUCGCCGGUGCCUCCCAGCCCGGCGCCUCCGGCGCCGGAGCCUCCGUCGCCUGUUCCUCCCAGCCCGGAGCCCGCUUCCGCGCCGCCCAGCCCCUCUCCUCCCAGCCCGGCGCCGCCUAGCCCGGAGCCUCCGUCGCCUGCGCCAUCGCCGGUGCCUCCCAGCCCGGCGCCUCCGUCGCCGGAGCCUCCGUCGCCUGUUCCUCCCAGCCCGGAGCCCGCUUCCGCGCCGCCCAGCCCCUCUCCUCCCAGCCCGGCGCCGCCUAGCCCGGAGCCUCCGUCGCCUGCGCCAUCGCCGGUGCCUCCCAGCCCGGCGCCUCCGUCGCCGGAGCCUCCGUCGCCUGUUCCUCCCAGCCCGGAGCCCGCUUCCGCGCCGCCCAGCCCCUCUCCUCCCAGCCCGGCGCCGCCUAGCCCGGAGCCUCCGUCGCCUGCGCCAUCGCCGGUGCCUCCCAGCCCUGCGCCUCCGUCGCCGGAGCCUCCGUCGCCUGUUCCUCCCAGCCCGGAGCCCGCUUCCGCGCCGCCCAGCCCCUCUCCUCCCAGCCCGGCGCCGCCUAGCCCGGAGCCUCCGUCGCCUGCGCCAUCGCCGGUGCCUCCCAGCCCGGCGCCUCCGUCGCCGGAGCCUCCGUCGCCUGUUCCUCCCAGCCCGGAGCCCGCUUCCGCGCCGCCCAGCCCCUCUCCUCCCAGCCCGGCGCCGCCUAGCCCGGAGCCUCCGUCGCCUGCGCCAUCGCCGGUGCCUCCCAGCCCGGCGCCUCCGUCGCCGGAGCCUCCGUCGCCUGUUCCUCCCAGCCCGGAGCCCGCUUCCGCGCCGCCCAGCCCCUCUCCUCCCAGCCCGGCGCCGCCUAGCCCGGAGCCUCCGUCGCCUGCGCCAUCGCCGGUGCCUCCCAGCCCGGCGCCUCCGUCGCCGGAGCCUCCGUCGCCUGUUCCUCCCAGCCCGGAGCCCGCUUCCGCGCCGCCCAGCCCCUCUCCUCCCAGCCCGGCGCCGCCUAGCCCGGAGCCUCCGUCGCCUGCGCCAUCGCCGGUGCCUCCCAGCCCACGUCCACCCGGCCCCUGGCCACCACCGCCGUUGCCUCCGGGACUGGCCCUGACGCUGAAUGACUUCUCGGCAACAUUCGUAAAUGCAACAAUUAUUGCUGAUUUGGAUGUUACGAACACAUCUUCGGUUAUGUCGUUUUUGCAAGAGUUUAAACAGAUGACGGCUGCUGCGCUGGGUGUUUCUGUCGACCAGAUCAUCGUUCGCGCUGUUACAGUGGAUGGACAACAGAUUGGCAGGCGGCGGGCGCAGGAGGAGGAACCCCUCGGCGACCGGCAGUCGUUGGAGCCAUCUGCAGAAUUCCAGGAAUUCGGGCGGGUCACGUUACUCCAGCACCGCUCGUACGUCGGUGAUCACGAGACCAUUGCCGCGCUGCAAGCACUUGAGGAGCGGCUACUGGCACCGCAGCUACCACGCGGCGCUGCGAGCAGAGGGCGGCGGCACAGACAGCUGGCCGAAGCGGCGUCUGACGUUAUUGUGGACUUCACAGUGGUGCAGUACGAGGAGGUGGAACUGCCGCCGUUGCCUCCGCCAAUGCCGCCCCUCUCGCCUGGUCUGGUGGCGCCGCCUGGGACCCCGCUGAGGCCGCCUUCCCGACCGCCCAGACCUCCGCGUCCGCCGCCGCUGAAUCUGAACAGGCUGGCACAAGAGCUGGGCGCACAAGAGGUGAUCGUGGUGUACUCGCCACCCUCGCCGCAGCCCCCUAGUCCGGCGCCACCGGCACCGCAGCCGCCGCCAAGCCCACAGCCGCCCUCACCUGCGCCCAGCCCGCCGGCAGGCAGUGGUGAUGCAUUGCCCGCCGCACUCGAGGCGACUAUCGUGGGUGCGGAGUACGCGGCUGUUGUUGGCUCGCCAACGUUCGAGGUCGAGUUCUGUGCGGAUCUCAUCUCCAGUUCGGGCAGCAAGUUGUGCUUGGUCAUCUACAUCCUGCCAGGCAGCGGCGGUGUAGUCGUGGGUGCAAUGCUCGUGCCUCAGGACGCCACCAGCCAGGCAGACUUUGACACGAUGGUGCAGUCGAUGCUGGACUAUCCAAAUGGCGUCUUUACCAUCGUAUUCAAGUCGGCUUACGGAGUGUCGUCUGUCAUCCUGAAGAGGGCCAUCUUAUCACCAUCGCCGCCCCCGCCGUUCUCGCCUUCGCCGCCCCCACCGCCCUUCUUCAAGUCAAUGUCGCCGCCGCCGCCGCCACCGCCGCCGCCGCCAGAGACGCCUCCUUCCCCGUCCCCCUCAAGCCCCCCUCCGCCGUUCCCCCUUCCGCCGGGUUGGCCAACACCUCCACCGCUGGCACCGCCUCCGCGCCUGCCACCACCACCAUCACCAGCAUCAUCUGUCCCGGAGAGCCUGCUGGCACCCCCUUCACCGGCACCUCAGGAGCCGUCACAGCCACCGGCAUCGCCCGUGCCUUCUCCGGUACCUCAAGAUUUGCCCCCACCGCCACAUGCGCGGAGCCCCAAGCCGCCGCGACGCAAAAAGCAACCGCCCUUCCCGCAAAAGCCUCCAAAGUCAUCCAAGCCGCCCAAGCCGCGUCGCUCCCCGCCAUCACCUCCCAGCCCGCCGCCACCUGCGCCCUACCCGCCGCCUGGAAAGCCCAAGCGGCCGCCUCGUGUGCGGGCGCCGCCGCGGCCCCUCCUCCAAGCGGCAAAAGAGGACCCGCCUUCUGCACAGCCGGAGUCGCCCACUCCACCUGCACUACCGCCGCCGCCGAUGCAGCGGCGGCGUGACAAGUCGCCUCCGCGACUGCCACCAUCAGCACCACCACCUGACGCGCCGCCGGCGGGUGCACCGCCGCCAUCACGCCGCAACCGCUCCGGUCUCGCAGGCUAACUCGCACGUUUAUUGACAUGCAGAACUACUGCUCAAGCCUCAUGGAUUCAAAACUGGCUUUCAGGCCAUCUCAAGAUGGUGCGCUGUUGGCGACUGUGCAUUGUGAUAGCUUGCCCGUACCAGAUCAUCCGUCAUAACUUGUCGAACAUUAAGCGGAUGCACACGCAUAGAUUCGCAUGACGCAUACGGUACAAUUGGGGAAAUCACUAAUCUGAACUUAAUCUGAUUCUGCUGUUCGGCGGUUUUGUGUCUGGCGCUGGUGUGCGUGCCUGCCGUGGUCCAUACAUGUUCCAUGCAAGCGGAGCCUUCUGAGGAAUGGUCCACCAGGGGGUCGGCAUCUGUAUUUUUGAUAAAUGGGCGCACUGCAGAUACGGUAAAGGCAUUGAAACUGGCAGGCUACGAGAUAGGUAGAGCAUGAGCGUUGAACUGGUGUGGAUUAAUGUAUGGUGUUAAUAAUACAGGUUUAUACGACAGUAACGUUGCGCCACUAGGUAAUAGCUUCACCAAACGUGAAGCGAAAGUGUCCAUUCUUAUGAGUAACAAAUGUGAGAGCCAUCGGCGUGAUACUGCAACUGUGGGACGUGUCACAUGAUCACGCCCGGUCCGUGUGCAAGGUGACCCGUGUGAACGCCCACCUUGUUGCACGCCUUGUUGUCUGUAAGCGUAGCUUGCA